AUGCCGUGCUUCCUGACCGAGUGCGACCCCUACGCAGAGGCCAUGCGCUUCGGCAUGUCCCUAGUCGGUCUGUACGUCUACCACUACGUCGUCGACACGGCGGUCAUCCGCCCCACGGUCCGGUACAUGCUGUCCAGUGGCUGGUUGACGAAGGACAAGGAGGACAAAAUGCGCGAGUCGCUGUACAAGAACGCGGCCGUGGGCGCCUUCCACCUCUUUGGCCUCUACAUUGGCUGGCACGAGACGUGGUUCCUCAACAAGGAGGAGUACUUCCAGGACUUCCCCGCGGUCGCCAGUGAGGCCGAGCGGUGGUACUACAUGGUCUACCUGAGCUUCUGGCUCCAGAGCAUCGACUUUAUGCUCAACCUCACGAACAAACAAUACACGGUCAAGCGCAAGGACAAUGCCGAGAUGAUGGUGCACCACUUUGCGACCAUCUCGCUGAUGCUCUUUUCCUACAGCGUCGACCUCACGAGGAUCGGCCACUGCGUGCUCAUGAUCCACGAUGUCAACGACUUGUUACUGGAAACGGCCAAGGUGUUUGUGUACUUGCAAUGGGAGACCGUAGCCAACGUCUUCUUCGGACUCUUUGCCCUCGUGUGGUUUCUCGUGCGCUGGUUCUUCUACUCGUACAACAUCCUGCACAGUGUGUACGCGUUUGCGUACCGGGACAUUGUUGCGCCAAUCAUUGAGGUUGGCAGCUACCGUGGCGUUGAUGCGUCCGUGUGGUACUGGGUGUACAUCGUCUGGUUCGGCUUCUUGUGUCUCCUGCUCGUGCUCCACGUCUACUGGGGUCUCUUGAUCGUCAAGAUGGUGAUCAAGGCGCUGGGUGACGGCAACGUCGAGAAGGACAUCCGCAGCGACUCGGAGGACGAGGAAGACGGGGAGAAGGAGGACAAGAAGUCGCAAGCAAUGUCUUCGUCGAGCCAGCCUCGACGCCGUCAUGCCCCUCAGACAGAGUGA